GUGUCAGGAGGAAGAGGAGGAGGGUGCAGAGGAAGCACACACACACUGCUGUCUCACUAGGAGGAGGAGGAGCCGGAGCAGCAGCUGCAGCGGCGGCGGCCUGAGCGAUAGGAUGUCCCGACAUGAAGGUGUCAGCUGCGAUGCAUGUUUGAAAGGAAAUUUCCGUGGCCGAAGGUACAAGUGUUUAAUUUGCUACGAUUACGAUCUGUGUGCUUCUUGUUAUGAAAGUGGUGCAACUACUACAAGGCAUACAACUGACCAUCCAAUGCAGUGCAUAUUGACAAGGGUAGACUUUGAUUUAUAUUAUGGUGGGGAAGCCUUCUCUGUAGAACAACCACAGUCUUUUACUUGCCCUUAUUGUGGUAAAAUGGGUUAUACAGAAACUUCUUUACAAGAACAUGUCACUUCAGAACAUGCAGAAACGUCAACAGAAGUAAUUUGUCCAAUAUGUGCAGCUUUACCAGGGGGAGAUCCAAAUCAUGUCACAGAUGACUUCGCUGCCCAUCUAACACUUGAACACAGAGCUCCAAGAGAUUUAGAUGAAUCUAGUGGAGUCCGACAUGUACGAAGGAUGUUUCACCCUGGACGGGGGUUAGGUGGUCCACGAGCACGUAGAACAAACAUGCACUUUACUAGCAGCUCCACUGGAGGGCUUUCAUCCUCGCAGAGCUCAUACUCUCCAAGCAAUAGGGAAGCCAUGGAUCCCAUAGCUGAACUUUUAUCACAGUUAUCUGGAGUAAGGCGUUCAACAGGAGGCCAGCUCAACUCUUCAGGCCCAUCUGCCUCCCAGCUGCAGCAGCUACAAAUGCAGUUGCAACUAGAAAGACAGCAGGCACAGGCAGCACGGCAACAGCUAGAAACAGCACGCAACGCAACCAGACGCAACAAUGCAAGUAAUAUCACCACCACAAUUACACAAUCUACAGCAGUAACCAACACAUCCAGUACGGAAAACAAUCCGCAAUCUAUACAGAAUUCACAGUUUCUACUCACAAGACUGAAUGAUCCCAAAAUGACAGAAGCAGAACGACAGUCGAUAGAAAGUGAGCGUGCGGACCGCAGCUUGUUUGUCCAGGAGCUUCUUUUGUCUACGUUAAUGCAGGAAGAAAGCUCCUCCUCUGAUGAGGAUGAAAGGGGGGAAAUAGCUGAUUUUGGGGCAAUGGGUUGUGUAGAUAUAAUGCCUUUAGAUGUUGCUUUAGAAAACCUAAAUCUUAAAGAGAGUAAUAAAGGAAACGAGCCUCCGCCACCUCCUCUUUGAUGACAUCCCCCUUUGCAGACAAUGUCCUCUGUGCUGUAACUGCCAAUGAAAGUGGACAAACAACUAUCUUUGGGUUUGUUUUGGUGAUUGUAAUUUCCAGUCUGUCACUCUUGUUACAUUGUGUACAUUCAAAAAAGGAAAAAAGAAAAAAAAGAGGCAAAUAUAUACAAUAAUUCACUUAACUAAUUUUUACUUCUAGCAGGUAAACAUAGGUAGCAGUACCAGAGGCAGUCCUCUGCUUCCUGUACCAUUAUGUAAAAAAAAAAAAAAAAAAAAAAAUUCUCUUAAUCUCCCACAUUCAAACAGAAGAGAAAAAAAAGAGUAUAUGGGGAAAAAAUCUCUAAUGAAGCUGCUGUGUGUAUUUAUGAAUAUUAAUGAAUAAAAACUGCUUGGAUGGUUUACCCUAACUACUGCAUGAGGUUUUUUGCAGCGUGCAUGACAUUUUUAGUGACAUUUCCAUGAAGCAAAAUCAAAAUAUGUAAUAUUAAACUUGUUCAGGCGUUAAUCCCAAAGCUUUUCUAAGCAUUAUUCAAAAUGUUACCUGGCCUCACAUGCAAUGUUUAUGAUCAUUAUUGUGCAGCCCAUAUAUCUUUUGAAUAAUGGCUUUAUCAAAAAAAAAAAAAAAAAAGUUUUUAUAUUUGUUCAAAGCACUUCAGGCAGUCUCUUCAGUUAUAUUUACUGUGUCUUUUUAAGUGUAAGGAGCCUCCUAAGUUAAAUGUGCAUAUACUCCUUUAAUUAGAUUGCAGUGAAUACUGUGUGGCCUACGUUCAUGUAUUUUUUUUUUUCUCUGCACAUUUUUUAACUUUUUUUUUUUUUUGUCUCUCUGAACAAAUUACAUUAUUCAGGCCACUACCAGAAUUUGCCAUGUUUCUGUUUCCUUAAACAGUUAUGUUCAUCUAUGUUAUCUCCCUUUAAAUGUGGUUGCUUAAAGUUUGAACAGUUUGUGUUUUAUCCAAGUGUAGUCUGAUUCAUGCUGUGUAGACAAACCUUAACCUUGAUUAUUUUGUCAUAGUUUUAAAAGCCUUUCACACUCUCAAUCAUAUUAGUUUCUUAUUUAUGUACUUGCUUAAUAGUUAGCAGAGACAUGACUGCAGAACAAGAGCUUGAGGAUCUGACUCCCAGAUUUUGUCAAUAUAUUACAUUUGAAUUCCUAAUGCUGAUGUUGGCACCUUUUUAUUUAUUGUUACUUUAUGAUUAUUCUUUCAACAUUAAAGUAAAAGCCUUUUGAUGAAAAAAAAUCAUGCCACCUCCAUGCCUAUACUAUUAAUCCUAUAUGUAAAAAUAUGUACAGUGUUCUUUUUUUGUGCAUAGACUUUUCAUAAAAUGACCCAAAGCAGGAAUAGCAGGACUUCGAUUUUGUUUUGCCUUGUAAAUUUAGAAUAUAAAGAAAAUAAAAUGUGCACACAGCUUCUGAUUGAUUUACAAAUACAUUCUUACAAUUAUGUCUGCUUUUCAUUAGCUCUACACCCACCUUAUUUUAUCAGUCCAUUUUGACAGCACCGUACAACAGAAUGUUUUCAGAUUUCAGCACUGGCUAGUAUGUUAGCAGUCCUUUACUGUAACCAUUGAUAACUUUGGAUAAUUACUCUGGAAGGGUUAGUGCUUGUUCCAUUCACGUUUCCUGGGAUGAUAACAUUCUGUAUUUCUGCACAUUGUAGUACUUGAAUGUUUUUUUCCUCCUAUACCAGGUGUUCAGUGCUGAAAGGGUUGAGUUCUUUAGUUAAUGUACCAGUUAGCCCAUUAGUUUAUCUUGAUGGUUGAGAAUAUCCAAAAAUAAAUUCUCUGAAUUGUAGUAUUUUCCGACACAUUCUGCACAUUACACUUAUACACUCGGGUUCAAUAAAGCAUUUUCAAGACUGUU